AUGAAAGUUUUUCCCAGCCUGGUGUCGGAUGAAACUUUCACUUUCUCUGAACUUGCCAGUGCCUUGGAGCUUGUACGCACCCAGCAUGCUAUUACCCAGGCUCACAAUCUAGUUGACAAAGGAGUUCCUGGUACUCUUCAGGACCUGAUUGUCUCGGGUGGUUGCCCAGUCGACCCUCAGCCGUUUUUCACUCCAGAUGCGGCUAAUGAUGCAGUUGAUUCUGGGACUGAGGACACUGAGAGUCUGUCCUCAGCAACCUCAGCAACUGACAGCACCAGUACCCCACAAGUUCCAGGAACUCCUUCGGCUGUGACUUCCAUCCCUGCUAUAGUUGCUGCUACCCCCACCACCCCCACUCAAGUUGUACCUACCUCAUGCACAACUCCUUCAGCUGUCAUCGACCACGCAACUUCUGGAUCUACCUUGCACAUGAGUAUGUCUGCCUCCCUGUGCUGGUAUGUCAUUACUGUGGGACGUGAGACUGGAGUGUUUCAGGGCUGGCACAAUGUUCAUGCUCAUGUGGUUGGCAUUCCAGGUGCAUGCUUUGGAUGCUACUCCUCUUGUACUGCCGCCGAUAUUGCAUAUGCACAGGCCUUAAAUGACAGUUCUGUGUCUCAGUUGCCAGUUUGA